AACCAAUCGUUUGAACCUCUGAGAUCUUACCUAGAACAGAACCACCCCUACGCAUCUAAGUGCUCCGAAUUGAUAUACGAGUAUAUCUACUUUCGAUCACGUGGCUCCAGGGAGACUUACACGGAUAACGCGUCAUCGAGCCUUCCCAAAUUUUUCCCCCACCGCAGUUCGGAUCCAAAAACAUCUAUCUAUACAGCGGGAAAGGGAGAACGAUGUUUAACUCAGUGAAUCUAGGCAAUUUCUGCACCCAAACGCGCAAAGAACGAUCUGCUGCUGAAUUUGGGGAGAGGACCGGCUGUGCCUCCAAUCUAUAUCUCCCGAGCUGCACUUAUUACGUGCCCGAGUUUUCAGCGGUGCCCUCGUUUUUACCACAGGCCCCUUCUCGCCAAAUCACAUACCCAUAUUCUACAAAUCUGUCUCAAGUGCAGCCGGUGAGAGAGGUGCCCUAUGGCUUGGAUCCCUCCAGUAAAUGGCACCACAGAAGCAAUUAUGCCUACGCUGCGGAAGAACUCAUGCACAGAGAGUGCCUACCGUCUUCGACCAUGACAGAAAUGCUAAUGAAAAACGAGAGCGUGUACAGUCACCACCAGCACCCGAACUCGAACCACCCCGCCACGGGUUUCUAUUCCAGCAUGGGCAAAAGCAACGUCCUGCCUCAAAGCUUUGACAGAUUUUUCGAAAACACCUACUGCGGGGGACCGGACGGCCAGACCGAAGUGUGUUUACAAAAGAACGAGGCGAACAAGCUGGAGCCAGAGGCUCAAGCCGGCGCACUGACUGACGGGGGAGACCCAGAGAAAGACCCGGAGGACGAGGAGGAAAACACGACCUCUGGAUCUUCGGCUACCGCUUCCGUCAACAAAGAAGGGAACAGCAGCAAAACCAGCAUCUCCAGUGCACCGCGGACUAGAAAGAAGCGAUGCCCUUAUUCCAAGUUCCAAAUUCGGGAGCUGGAGAGAGAAUUCUUCUUUAACGUUUAUAUCAACAAGGAGAAGCGACUCCAGCUAUCCCGAAUGCUCAACCUCACCGACCGACAGGUCAAGAUCUGGUUCCAAAACCGCAGAAUGAAAGAAAAGAAACUGAGCAGAGAUCGCCUGCAGUAUUUUUCAGGAAACCCGCUCUUGUGAACUUGAAGCAUGCUCGGGCGCUGCAGCCAAAAUGAAAAAAAAAAAAAAAAAACGUUAAGAGAGACGGGUCGGACAGAGAGGAGAAACAGAAGCAAAUUCAAAAAGCUGUCAUUUGAAUUGCCUGUAUUAUAAUCGAUCUGAAUUGUGAAGAAGCAGCGAAUCUGCCUCCGCGGUUAUUCACAGUGGUGACGGAGGCAUUUUCAGAAACAGACUUUUUAUUUAAUCGGUGAUUGGUGAAUGUGUGAAAUACUUAUUUUUUAGGACGCAACUGUUCGUUCUCACAAUUCACAAUAUUGUACAUUUUCAUUUAUUAUUGUUGUUUUAUUUCAUUUAUAACUAUUAAUUAUUAUCGAAUGUGCCCAAAGCCAACGUUUUCUUUCUGAUGAAUUUAAAAACAAGUAGUAAUCAUUUUAAUAUUAUAUAUGAAAAUAUUAACUCGGACACACACACACUAAUAUAUAUAAUCUCAAUCAUACACGUAUGUAUGUAUGAUUUGAAAAAUGAAAAGUGCUGUGUACCAAAAGGAGCAAAAUCAAAAAGGAAAAAGUAAUGAAGGUACACAAAUGUGAAUAAUAGAUAUACAAUUAAUUAUAUCAGCUGAAGAAAGACUUAAGACUUGUAGACCGAAACGUCCCGAUAUAAAUGAUUGAUUAUCAAUUAUUCACGCAAAAAAUUAC